AUGCAUCAAGACCAGCAACAAAGCCUCUUUCAGGCCCGUAUUAUUGCCAGCGUCGCAGCUACUAUUUUAUCCCUGGCUUGUGGUACCAAUUAUGUCUACUCAGCUUGGGCUCCGCAAUUUGCGGAACGACUCAAGUUGUCGUCUACAGAGAGUAACCUGAUCGGCCUGGCUGGCAACCUGGGAAUGUACACCUUGGGAAUGCCCAUCGGUAUAUUCGUUGACCAUCGUGGUCCUCGGCCUGCUGUCCUUGGUGGAGCUAUAUUUAUGCUCUUUGGCUACUUUCCUCUGCAUCAAGCCUACCAUCGUGGAUCAGGAUCAGUCAUGUUGAUGUGUCUCUUCUCUUAUAUGACCGGCUUAGGUGGUUGUAUGGCAUUCGCUGCUGCUGUCAAGACGUCUGCUCUCAACUGGCCCAACCAUCGGGGAACCGCCACAGCCUUUCCUCUGGCUGCCUUUGUCUUCUUCCCUGGAGACCCCAGUGCUUUCCUUGAGCUUCUUGCUUGGGGCACAUUUGGCCUUACUUUUGGCAGCUUCUUCUUCCUCAAGGUCCAUCACGAACAAGCUGAGUAUGAGGCUGUACCUGCUUCGGACGAAACCCCCAGUAUUCCAUCUACCGACCCCCAACAACUCCGACCAGGCUCCUCCGAUGAACCAAAGCCCUACCGCUCGUCUCGAGCAGAGGACGAACCCGGUAUGUUGACUAAUUCCAGUAGUAAUAGCACCAGCACCAGCACAAUUAGGAGCUCCCACGCACCCGCUGUAGCAUCCUCAUCAACCGCCCCCGCCAACACCCCAGAUCCGACGGGCUCUCCUGGAAUAUCAUUUGCGCCUGAAUUUGGCCUUGUGGUCGCCCCCGAGAAUCCCGAAGACCUCGAGGUCGGCGAGACGUCCCCCUUGAUAUCUCGAGCCGGACAUCCCCCUCUUGGAAACAGUGAUAUUAAUAGCGGUGGAUCUCAUCAUGUAGACAUUCGGGGUCUUGCUCUCGUGCGCAGUGUCAGUUUUUGGCACCUUUUCGUCAUCAUGGCUAUUUUGGCUGGUGUUGGUCUCAUGACCAUCAACAACAUCGGCAACGACGCCAAGGCUCUUUGGAAACACUACGACAAAAAUGUUACUGACGAAUUUCUCGUUCAUCGACAACAAAUGCAUGUAUCGACUCUCUCUAUUUGCAGUUUCUUGGGUAGACUAUUGAGUGGCGUGGGUUCUGACUUUUUGGUGAACAAGCUUCACGCCAGCAGGCUCUGGUGUCUUGUCGUCGCUUGCGCAGUCUUCAUCUUCGCUCAAGUGUGCGCAUUGAAUAUUGAGAUCCCACAACUCCUCGGGCUGGUCUCGGGCCCAUCAGGACUCGCCUAUGGAUUCCUAUUUGGCGUUUCCCCUUCUCUCGUCGCCGAAAUGUUUGGUGUCCGAGGAUUAAGCCAGAACUGGGGCUUCUUGACCAUGGCUCCUGUUAUUUCGUCCAACAUUUUUAAUAUCUUUUAUGGAAAAAUCUAUGACCAGCAUAGUGUUGUUGGACCAGACGGUGAGCGUUUCUGCUCAGUUGGACUCGAAUGCUAUCGCUCUGCUUACUGGGUUACCCUCAUCUCCUGCUGCGCGGGAACGGGUAUCACUCUUUGGGCGAUUCGUCACCGGCAUAACAAAUAUCUAAGAGCAAUGGACAAAGGUGAUGAAGAGGAUUAG